AUGAUGAAGUUAUUAUUUUCAAUUAUUUUCACCUUAUUAUUUAUUAAUUCAAUUUAUUCUCAAUAUGUUAGCCCAUUAAGAAUUAAUUAUUAUCUUAAUGAUAAUAUUACAAUUGUUACAAAUGUUACAAAAUAUUAUUUUACAAAAUGGUCAUUAUUGAGACAUGUAGGAGAAAGAAAUGAUAUUAGAUUAGUUUUGGAUUUUACUUGUAAUUUAAAUUCAACAAAUAAGGAAGAAAGAAUUUGCACUACAUCAAUGACCGGCAAAAUGGCUCAGCUUUAUGGUGAAGAUUGGUAUUGUAAUGCAGUUAGUGGUGCAAAUGGUCAAACUUAUAGUAAUCAUUUACCAGAUUCAUUAUACCCAUUUCCAAUAAUAUAUAAUUAUACAAAACCAUCAACACAAGGUAGUAUUAUAACUGUUAGUGGUGAAUAUUUAAGAUUUGGUACUGGUAAUCCAUUUAAUAUCGGUGGUAUGACUGUAAAUAUGACAGAUAGGGAUCAAUUCUAUACCGACAAAUUCGAUAGUAAUAAUAUCCGUUUCGAUUUUCCAUCUGGUUGUGGUACUGUACUUUUCAACCUAAAUGAACAUAUCUCAACCUUUAAUACAAAUAUUCAAUAUCAAAAUCCAAAAAUUAAAAAUUCAACAAUUAAAUUCAAUUUUGAUAGCAAUAAUAAUAAUAUUGAAAAAUUAUCAAAAAUUCAAUUAAAUGGUGAUAAUUUUUGUAAUAAUGUUUCAUUAGUUAAUGUUACAAUUGGUAAUGAAUUAAUUAAUAGUAAUGAUAUGAUUUCAGUUGAUCAUGGUGAAAUUCAAUUUAAUUUCAAUUCAUCAAAACAAUUAUAUACUGAAAAUAUACCAAUUACAAUAUCAGCUGGUGGCACACAAACAAUUGAUAAAUUUUUUAUUUCAUUUGGUCCAAUCAUUAAUUCAAUUAAUUCUGUACCAACUUCAACUGGAGGUAUUGUUACAAUUAAUGGUAAAAGAUUAAAAUUACCACCUCAAGAAUCUUCAAAAAUAUCAUCUACCUCAUCAUCCACAUUAUCAUCAUCAUCAUCAUCAUCCUCCAGCUUCACCUCAAUUGAUAAUGAUAGUGGUAAAUAUAAAAUUAAAAUUGGUAAUCAAUAUUGUAAAUAUAUUAAAUCAACAAUUAAUGAAUUAACAUGCAAUUUACCAAAUGGUAGUGGUGAUAAUUUACCAAUUUCAAUUACAAUUAAUGAAAUUGGUAAUAGUGGUGGUAAUUCAAUAGUAACAUUUACAUAUGGUAUACCAAUAAUUGAGUCAUAUAAAAUUAAUGGUAAUAUAGUUGAAUUAUAUGGUAGUAGUUUUGGUGAAACUAAUAAAACAUUAAUUUUAAUUAAUGGUAAAAUUCAUCAAACUCCAUCAUUGACUGAUAAAGAAGAUAUAGUACAAGUAUUUAAUAAUGAAUCAAUGUUAACAUUUAAAUUAUCUGGAAAUUUAGUUAAUGCAAAUAUUUCAAUUAAAACUCCAAAUUCCAAACAAUCAAAUUCUAUUCAAUUGGAAACUAAAUUAUUUGUUAAAUCAAUUUCAUCACCAAAAACCAUUGGUUCAAUUAAUUCAUUACAAUUUUAUUUUAUAAAUUCAACAAAUGAAAAUUCAAUUCCAACAAUUACAAUUUUCAAUAAUAACAAUAAUAAUAGUUCAACAAUAAUUGAAUCAAAUACAACAAGUAAACCAAAUUCAAUAUCAUAUGAUGGUAGUUUAUCAUACCAAUUUCAAUUUCCAAGAGGAUGUGGUAAAAAAUUAAUUCAAGUUGAAAUUGGUAAUCAAUUUGUAAAUUCAUCAUUCUCUUAUAGUCCACCAAUUACAAUGUAUUGUAAUAAAAGUGAAACUGAUUCAAUGUUAAUGAAUUGUUUUGGUGAUAAUUUUGGUAAUGGUGAUGGUAAUGGUGGUGAAGAUUCAACAAUUAUAACAUUUUCAAAUCAAACAAUUUCAACAAUUUCAUUUAAUGAUACAAUGUUUUCAUUUAAAUUAAAAGAAAGUUAUUAUAAGAGUAAUUUACAUAUUAAUGUUUGUGGUAUUGAUAGUUUAAUUGAUUAUGAAAUUAAAUUAGAUUCAUUAUUAAAGAGUAUUACAUUAUUUGAUAAGUUCAAUACAUCUGGUGGUUUUAUACUUAUAAAUGGUGAUUAUUUAUCAUUAGAUAAUAUCAAACCAUCAUUUAAAUGCUCGUUUGAUAAUACCACUUAUUCAUCAGAUCAAUGUAAAUUAAUUAAUGGCACUGAAAUCAAAUGUUUAGUAUCAUCAUCUGGUAGUGGAGAUUCAACAAAAUUCAAUAAAACAUGUUCACUUUAUUUAAAUGGUAUUGAACAAGUUGAUAAAAAAGUUCAAAUAUAUUAUCAUUCUCCAUUUGUUUUAAAUUUUACAACUACAACAACUACAACUACAACAAAUACCUCAAAAGUUGAAAAUAAAAAAAUGGAAGCAAAUGGAAAUAGUAAUAAUAAUAAUAUUGUAUCUUCUACAACUUUUAAAAGAAUUCCAAUUUAUAAAUCAAAAGGUGGUCAAGUUUUAAUAUUUGGUGGUAAUUUUUAUGAUCCAAUUGAAAGUGUUACAAUUGGUGGUGUUAAAUGUAUAAAUCCAAUAUUUAUUGAUUAUGAUAAAUUAUCUUGUAAUUUAUUACCAUCAAAAAUAAAAUCAAAUUCAGAUAAUUUAUUAUAUGUAAAUGUAACAGUUGGCGGUCAAAGUGGUGGUGGUAAUAUUUUCAAAUAUGAUAUUGAUGAAUUAAAUGAAAAUGAAAAUAAUGAUGAUGACGAUGAUAAUGAAAGUGAAAAAAAUAAGAGAUUAAGAUGGUUGGUACCAGCAAUAAUUAUACCAAUAGUUUUCGUUAUUGGAGGUUUAUCAGUGUUGGUAUUUAUAUUUAAAAAGAAAUUACCAUGUUUCUCUAAAAAUAAUAAUGAAUUAAAAAAUAAAUAA